CAGGGUACCCAAAAACACCACCACAACAUCUCUUCAAACCAAUUAAAUCUUCAGUGAAAUAUAAAAGAAGCUAAGGUUACAUUAUAUUUCUUGCAGCAUUAUGGCUAUGGUAGCUCGGCUUGUCUCUUUGGCAAUUGUGUUCGCGGUGCUCGUGGCGGUAACCACUGUUCCGAGGGCUGAAGGUGCUGUGACAUGUGGUCAGGUUGUGAACAGCCUGUACCCAUGCGUUUCCUACCUGAUGAAUGGUGGCAACAUGGUGCCCGGGCAGUGCUGCAAUGGGAUCAGGAACCUGUAUGGCAUGGCUACGAACACGCCGGACCGGAGAGCGGUUUGCACCUGCAUCAAGCAGGCUGUUAGCAACAGUGGAUUCUCCUUCACUAGUUACAAUCUCAACCUUGCUGCUGGACUUCCUAAGAAAUGUGGGGUUAACAUUCCUUAUCAGAUCAGCCCCAAUACUGACUGCAGCAGGGUGCAGUGAGGUUGGUGCAUCAUGUGGGGAGACUCAAGAGGGAUGUUAUGUUAACUAGUAUUUAGUAGUAUGUUUGAAUAAGAGACUACACAUAUGAACAUGUAACAACCUUUGAGGCUUGUAGUAGUGUUCUUUAAUUGUGUGUCUGUAGGGCCUUUGCCCUGGUCGUGCUGCUUGUGUACGCUUAUUGUAGUUACUAGCAGGAGAUAAUAGGGAGCGGGUGUAGUCUGGAACAUGUGUGUAAGCUGUUGUUGUCUCUUAAUUAAUGGUAUGAUGAGUAGUUUGUUUUGAAAAUGAAAUUUGAGAAUGUUUUAUGUUGGAUAUAA